AUGGGAAAACGCAAGCCCCACCGCGCCGGACGACCCCAAAAGAAUCUUCCGACCACAGAGGCAGACCAAGCAAACGGUAUAAUCUACUUCUACAUGCCCGACGAGCCACCAUACGGAGUAUCCUGUCAGUGGCACGCAAGCCCCUUCAGCAUACCCACCUCCUCGCUCCAAUGGCUCAUCGACACAGCGCCAGCGCCGGUAUCACCACCAUCACCUCCUCCAGAACCAACGCCGACACCAGCAUCAAACAAAGGAAAACAAGCGAUCCCUCAAGUCCCCCAACCCCCCCUAACCGCCGGACAAAUCCUUUCCACCCACACAACCAGUAUCCCAUUCACCACCGCGGAACAGUCCUACAUGUACCUAAAAUCCCUCUUCUUCUCGGAAUCCUUCACCUGCACGCGCAUCCUAAGCACCGACGAUCCUAAGGUCUGCAAGAAGCUCGGUUCCUCCGUCCCGAACUUCUCGCAAUGGCAUUGGGAUCGCGUCAAGGAGCGCGUCGCACGCGUGGUGAAUUGGUACAAGUAUACAGAUCCGCGGAAUGAGGCGAUGAAGAGCGUGUUAUUGAUGACCGGGGAGAGGGAGUUGGCGGAGGCGAGCCCGAGGGAUAGGAUUUGGGGAAUUGGGUUUAGGAAGGAGAAGGCGGAGGAGAAGAGGGCGGAGUGGGGGAGAAUCUUUUUUGGGGGGGGUUGUUGUGGUGGCGGUGAGGGAGAGGGUAAGGGAGUGGCACGAGAGGGAGAUGAGGGGGGAGGUAGUGGGGUGGGAGUGGGAUGGGGAGCGAAGAAGGAGCGAUAG